GCAGCUCCUCAAGAACCAUUCACCUUGUCCACUAUUGCUAAGAGCAUCUUCACUCACGAUGAGAGCCAUAGUCCUGGGUGUGCUGCUGCUGGCAGUGCUGUCUGCAAGCACUGAAGUCCGAGGUGAUAUGAAGGUAGUGAAGCUGUGCGGCAGGGAGUUUAUUAGAGCUGUUAUCUACACCUGUGGAGGCUCUCGGUGGAGAAGACUUCUCGAUGAACAAGAGUUGACAGGUGUGGGCAGUGAGGCUCUGUUUCCAUCUGGCAGUGGAAUACCGGAGUGCAGUGACCCCCAGCCUUACAACUCCCAGAGGCAGGGAACAGACAGCGAGGAACCCCUGAACUACAGAACACGGGCUGAGGGGGAGCUUUCCCCCAGAGCCAGGAGGGACUUGAACCAGCUUCUCACCACAGCCUGCUGCCAAUGGGGCUGCAACAAGAAAGACUUGAGCUCUCUCUGCUAAGCCAGGAUUACUGUAUCACUGCAACCCCAGCUACAGUAUUUCAAGUUUAAACCCAACACUGUAAUGCCUACAGCAGAGAAUUUUAUCUGAUCACUAUAUGAUACUAAAUUUCUAAUUAAUACAAUGUACUAAUCAUAUUGGGGGUCUAUUGUAAUGAUCUUAAGAGUGGCAGGGUGAUUUACCCACUUUACUUCAUACCAUAACAAUAUAGUGAAAUGAAGUUGAAAAAUGAAAAAAUGAUACAUUUUAAUGUGCAGUGUUAACCAGUGUUGCCACCUUUUAGUUCAUCAAAGUAGAUCUCAAUGUCAUCUCAGCUCUGGCACAUUUUCAUUUUGAUUAAUGCAUAAACAAUACUGUAUAUCUUUCAUCUAUAAUUUCACACUCAUAGCAAAGGGAAAACUAAGACAUGCUUCCCUCCACCUGAGUCUUCAUCGGUGUGAGACUAAUCAAUGCAAAAUCGCAGUUAUUAAGAGAACUCUAGUUUACUAUGUUUCUUUUGGCAUCACAGUUGGAUAAUGUGUGUAGUAGAUUAAUACUAAAGACAUCCUGAUAUCUGCACAGGACCAAAAAAACAAAAACAUUUCUAAUUUAAUUUCUGCAUCUGCCUCCCAUGGUAAACAAUCUUAACAUAUCAUAGAUGUGUGAUAUUUUUUUUUACCUAAGAUGUAUUUUAAAAAAUUGAAAUUCUUGUGAUUGUUGUAAACAGAGCUAUCAAAC